AUGCUAAGCACAUCGACAUCACCGGACUUCGAUAUCUCACCGAGUCCGCUGCGGCAGGCUGACCCUAUUCUUGGAAGGACAGGCGCUCGGACGCUGGUAUGGGACUUUAUACGGGCCCGCCUGGUGAUCGCACAUGGCAAGGAUAUGGACAGGCCAGAGAGCUGGAAGAAGCAAGACCUCGACAGUGAACCUUCUCCGAUCUGGGCCGUUUGUUCCCGGCCGCCAAGAUGGCAGGGCGAAGAUUUAUUGAAGUUACAGAAUAUCCAUAUUAAGCUCAAAUACAAGCUUCACCAACUCCUGAAGAAUGAGCUUUUAGGAAUUGAAGCAUCGCCAUUACAUGGCAUUACAUUAUUGGCAUCCCUUUGCCCACUUUCAAGGUGGAACUGUAACAAAAUCCAAGUGGCCUCACGCACAGUCCAAAAUCUUGGCCUAAGACGCGUCGAGCAUAGACAACAGCAGUGGCUUACCAGCCUCGAAGUCAAUAAUGUCCUGAAAAACACUUCCUCACUCCUACCAAUCAUAUGCCGCCAAGUACGGAGGACAGCUCGCAUGACUGACAGGAUGGCGCCUGUUACAUAUGCCAAGGAAGGUCCAUGGGCAAUGGGCAUUGGUGUCGAUCGACUGAUGAUAUCUCUACGGAGGUGGUUUGACCGUUUCGCAUUCUCACCUGACUCUUUAGUAGCUGUCGUGCGCUUGCUUGAGAAGAAAGAUGAGCGUCCAGCAGCAAAAGACGCUCGUUUCCCGCUCAUGAAAGCCUACUGUACAAUUUGUCACUUCAAAGCAGCCUGGAUGCCAUUGCCCUACAGCUGGGUAUUCCCCAAACCCUUGCUCCUCAUGGAUUAUAGCGAACAGAAACUUGUUAUUCAGCGGUCCGACCCUAGUCACUUUCACUCCAAAGUGUAGAGACGCGGUACGAAGGCUACGAUCGGAUCCAAAGCGCCAGGAUCACGCCGGUAAACGCCUCAAAUGGACAAAGAGACCGGCUGUCUCACAGUCUCACUUGCCGUCCUCUGGCGCGCCGGCUUUGACCGUCUCGUCCGGAUAUCGACUGCCAUUGGCAUCAUCGAAGAGCAUUUGAUCACCCUUGCCGCCCAAUUCCAUAAACUCUUUGGGAUCGCGAGCAACAUCUGGACCGGGCUCGACAGUCUGCUCGACAUGUCCUUUCUUCUUCGUUGCAGCCUUCGCUCUGGCUGCCUCUUGUUGUUGGCCUGCAGGACGCUGCGUGAAGAAACGUGGCUGGGAAUUCUUAUCCCAUACCUUGACAGGAGGGGCACCCCCUUGGGCCUCGAUAAUCUUGUCGACCUUAACAUCGUUGAUGCUCGAGAGAAGUGUACGCUCACGCUGUGGCUUACGAUUUGAGAAGUCCAGACUAGAAAUCGCUCCAGUCAGGCCAUCGGUACUAUCAGUGAUGCUGAUGGGGCGCUGCGUGGUCCACGGGUGCUCCAAGCAUUCGUCGAUCGUGAUGCGCUUUUCGACAUUAACUGUGAGCAUGCGGUCAAUGAGGUCAAGCGCUGGAUCCCCAACAGAGUCCCAGUAAGGUGAUGGGUAGUCGAAGCGACCCAU